ACCUCGGCACCAUGCUCUCUUCAGUGCAACAGACGACUGAGAUCAUUCCUCUCUUAUUAUUACUCGCGGAGUCACAGCUCCGUUCGUCUCCACUCUCCCCGCUUUCCUCUGACAUCUCCUUUCGCCCCCCAUGGAGCUCGACGCCGCCCAAAACCCUAACCCUAACCCCGAACCGGCGCCCAUCUCCGCCUACUACCAGACGCGCGCCGAGCACCAUGCUGUCGUCUCCAGCGACUGGCUCGCCCACGCCGCCGCCGCCGCCGCCUCCUCCCCCGAUGCCGAUGCAGCCGCCGGGGCGGCGGACGCGGCUGCUCCUCUCCCCUCCCCCGGGAGUGGCGGCGUGAUCGAGGAGUUCAACUUCUGGCGCCGCAAGCCCGAGGCCGCGGAGGCGGUGGCCGCCAUCAUGGCGCUCGCCGCUGUCAUCCGCUCCAGCAGGGCCACCACCAUGAUGGAGCUCGAGAUCGAGCUCAAGAAGGCCUCCGAUAAGCUCAAGUCAUGGGAUGCAACUUCCAUUUCUCUGUCUGCUGCUUGUGAUUUGUUCAUGAGGUUUGUAACAAGAACCUCACAUCUGGAACAUGAGAAGUUUGAUGCAGCAAAAUCACACCUGAUUGAGCGAGGAGAAAAGUUUGGAGAGAUAUCCUUAAAGGCUCGUAAGACAAUUGCAAUGCUCAGCCAGGAUUUCAUUUCAGAUGGAUGUACUAUUCUGGUACAUGGGUAUUCCAGAGUGGUAUUGGAAGUUCUAAAGCUUGCUGCAUCUAAUCGCAAGCUCUUCAGGGUACUAUGCACAGAGGGCAGGCCAGACAGAACUGGUUUACGAAUGUCAAAUGAACUUGCAGCAUUAGGCAUCCCUGUUAAGGUGCUAAUUGAUUCAGCUGUUGCUUAUUCCAUGGAUGAAGUUGACAUGGUAUUUGUUGGUGCUGAUGGGGUUGUUGAGAGUGGAGGAAUAAUCAAUAUGAUGGGCACUUAUCAGAUAGCUCUUGUGGCUCAUAGUAUGAACAAACCUAUUUACGUGGCUGCUGAAAGUUACAAGUUUGCUCGUCUAUACCCCUUGGACCAAAAGGACAUGACACCAGCUCACCGACCAAUAGAUUUUGGAGUCCCAGUACCUGCUGGUGUGGAAGUUGAGACGUCAGCAAGAGACUACACUCCUCCCCAAUAUCUCACGCUUCUACUGACCGACCUUGGUGUUUUGACACCAUCUGUUGUGAGCGAUGAGCUCAUCCAAUUGUAUCUAUGAUCGAUACAUUGUCUGUUGUUUCAGAUGAGAUGUAAUUUACUGCUUGUUGAAUCCAGGGAUUUUCCUGUCUUUUUUUUAGCAUACGACGGCUGUUUGGAAGAAUUCUCAGAACAGCUAUGCGAGAGAAGUUAACAGUUUUGUCGGAGCAUCUUUAUGUAGUUAGCAACUUUCUGGGGGUAUUUUGGUUGUCUGAUUUGACACCUGCCAUGGAUUUGAAUGAGUUCAAACUGACCUUGCG